GAGGAGAGGAGGAGAGGAGAUGGGGAGAGGGAAGAUAGAGAUAAAGAGGAUCGACAACGCGACGAGCCGGCAGGUGACGUUCUCGAAGCGGCGGAGCGGGCUGUUCAAGAAGGCGAGGGAGCUCGCCAUCCUCUGCGACGCCGAGGUCGGCCUCGUCGUCUUCUCCGGCACCGGCCGCCUCUAUGACUUCGCCAGCACCAGCAUGAAGUCCAUAAUUGAGAGAUACAAUGAGACAAAAGAAGAUCCCCAUCUAACCAUGAACGCGAGUUCUGAGGCAAAGCUCUGGCAACGAGAGGCAACAUGUUUAAGGCAGCAACUGCAUAACUUGCAAGAAUAUCAUAGACAGUUGUUGGGACAACAGCUUUCUGGUCUGGAUGUAGAAGACUUGCAAAAUUUGGAAAGUAAGUUGGAGAUGAGCUUAAGAAAUAUUCGAGUGAGGAAGGACAACGCUAUGAUGGAUCAAAUCCAAGAAUUAAGCAGGAAGGGAAGCCUCAUACAUCAGGAAAACAUGGAGCUACACAAGAAAAUCAGCCUUCUCCAUAAAGAAAACAUCAAUUUACAGAACAAGGUAUAUGGGCCACAGGGUAAUGGGCAUCCAACAGGUUCUACCAUCCAGCACAGCUUUCUGACUACAAAGAAUGAAAUUGGUGCUAAUCUUGAGCUAAGUCUGACAGAGAAUGUAGAAAAAGAGUAGUCAGGAACAUCAACUAGCAGCAGAAUUCAACCGAAGUGAAGAUGCUAAACUUCAAAGCCUUCCCCAUGCAAUAUUUCUGCAUGAACAACAGAGCUUUUAGUUCAUGUUGCUGGGAACCUACUCAACAACAACAGAGUUGAUGUCAUGUAUUCUCUGCUGUUCUGCAGAAUAGAUAGUGCAUAUGGUUUAAAAUGAUGCAGGGCAGACAAAGCCAGACCUUGUUUGCAACAUGACAAU